GCUUACUGAAACUUACUUCCAUUGCAGUCAAGUCUAGGCAAUAUCUGAUCCCAUCAACAACUCAAAAUCUCUUGGACAGUCAAUUGCUGCGUUUAGCCUUCUCGACCUGCGUUGCCCAUGUCUUUUUCACAUUGAUCACCCCAGAGUACGGCCUCCGGGGGCUUAAUGACAAUGGGGUCGAGGUGGUAUUAGCCCACCCCUACAAAAGUUCGUAAGAGGAUGUUGAGCCUAGAAUCUUCAGCUGUGAGGCAGAGCCCUCUGCAGCAAUCUAUCAACACUUACCCUGUUUAUCCCACAGUCAGUUCUUACCAGUUGGCCAUGUGCUGUCCAAAUAUAAGCUGUGACUGCUACGAGGGUACUUGUUAUUCGAGUCUCCAAUUUUUACUUCUACAAAUGUACGAAUCAGAAGGAAUUUUGGAAGAUUUGAUUGGUAUCCAAGUGCACCAAGUUUUCGAAAUACUCGUCUUCCUUAUGUGCGCCGAGGAGCAUUCCUGCGAUAAAUGAGGGUAUAGCCGUCACACUUUUUAUUUCAGUUCUACUGUCUGAUGCAGUACUCGCCCCAUGCCAGCACAGAGACAAAAAUUCCACACGUGAUCGGUAAGAGGGGAUGGAAGUGAACAGAAUAAUUGAGGCAUGACUGGAGAUGACAGAACAUGGUCUCUUUGAACUCUCCGCCUUGGAGCCAACUUUGCUCCCCGGCUCAGACAACUUACUCACAUAUCGCAAUCACUGAUUGCGAGGUCGAAGAGCAAUCAGCAUGACUAACAUACCGAGACCUGUUGCUUGAAGCAGAAGGCGUCCUGGAACUGAACUCGGACUGAUGGGACCCGGGUGAUGAUGAAGGUGCUAGAUUCAGACGUGAUUCGAAUCACGUUUGGUCGAUCGGAUCCCUUAAGAGAGGUCAGUCAGUCCCCAGUCAAGGACCUCUUCACUGUUGCAGACAAGCGACGUCGGGAGAGAGAAAGAGAGGCGGAGCUUCUGCUCUCUCUCUCACUAAGCGUGAGUCGUCCGAGGGGCACAGAGCCAUGUUUCAUGACAUCGCUCGGCCCAACACCGUCAAGAGUCAAGGGCUCGAAGGAACGAAUCAUGGCAGAGUGAUGUGCAGAGUGUGCGUCUUAACUCGCGGACGACAUCACACCAACAUCUGCGACCUCUUUCGAUGGCUGCUGUGUUGCUGCCGCAGCGACUCCACUGCCGAUCCGGGCCCAGAUCAUCAACAUCAACAUCAAGCGACAGCCAUGGCCGCCCCACCCGCACCCAAUCGCUGGUGCUGGAGUGCGGCAGCUGCUGCCGCAGAGAUGCCCCCGCACACUUGCCGCCGAAGAAAUCCCGAGCCCGAUCCCGAGCCACCAUCGCCGAUCGGGUUGCGGUUCGCAGGGGGGCAUGCGCGACCGCAGCGCGUACGACCCGCGCGCUCCGAACCUUCUUCGGGUAUCCGUAGCGGAGGCGGUCCGGGCAGGGCUGCCAACGCAUCGUCGGAGCGUAGGAUCGUCCAGGUGGAUGUGCGGGCUUAA